GUAAUAAGAGAUGUGUAACGUGUAGUAUAAUAACCAGUCCUUUUCCAGCAAACAUACAGCUAUUCCCAUUUUCUUUUUCAUUCUACUCACUCCUGUCCUGUCCCAUGCGACUUGCGUUCUCUCUCCCUUCACCACCCCAUUCCUUUUCUAAAACCCACAGCAGCCCAGAUCAAAUUGAAGCAUCAAGAAACUGCUUUUGAAGCAUUUAGAUGAUGGGCUAUUGAGGAAAUCUUUAAUUGAUUAGUCAGGUACCGUGAAGUUUGUACCUUUGUUUUUAUUCUUUUGUUUCCUAGCUAGAAAGUGCUUUUGUUCUUCUUCUUUUUCUUUUCCUCUCUGGACUAGAGAGAGAGAGUUAUACAGAAAAGAUUUUUGGCUUGCUUUAUUUGGUUUGUUAUAAUGAGGGACUUCCCUUCUUGUUUUGGUGAAAGUGGAGUUCAAGUAGCUGAUUCAUCAUCUUCAAGCACUAGUAAAGCAGCACAAAAUGUGGUCACUUGCGUUUAUCAAUGUAAAUUACGUGGUCGUUUUUGUUUAAUCACUGUUACUUGGACCAAGAAUCUUAUGGGUCAAGGUGUUAGUGUUGCAAUUGAUGAUUCGACUAAUCAGUGUCUUUGUAAAGUUGAUAUAAAACCAUGGUUGUUCUCUAAAAGAAAAGGGUGCAAGAAUUUAGAGGUAGAUUCUACUAAAAUUGAUAUACACUGGGACUUGUCUAAUGCCAAAUUUGGUUCUGGGCCAGAACCUUUUGAAGGAUUUUAUUUGGCUGUUGCCUUUAAUCAAGAAAUGGUGUUGCUUCUUGGGGAUUUGAAGAAGGAAGCAUACAAGAAAAUUGAGGAUGCCCCACUACAUUCCAAUGCUAUUUUUAUUGCAAAAAAAGAACACAUUUUUGGGAAGAAAUUCUAUGGUGCAAAAGUUCAGUUUUGUGAUAAGGGACAGAUGCAUGAUAUCGCAAUCGAGUGCGAUACUGUUGAUCUUAAGGACCCAUGUCUUGUGAUCCGCAUUGAUAGUAAGAUGGUAAUGCAAGUCAAGAGACUGAAAUGGAAGUUCAGGGGCAAUCACACCAUAUUGGUGGAUGGGCUACCAGUUGAAGUGUUUUGGGAUGUUCACAACUGGUUAUUUGGUAGUGGUAUGGGCAAUGCAGUUUUCAUGUUUCAAUCUUGCCUAUCUGCAGAGAAAUUAUGGAGUAGCCAAUCUGUUUUUGAUCCCUCUGUGUUGACUUGGUCUUACUCUCAGCGAUUCAGAGAUUACCAAUUACAAGGUCUUGGUUUCUCACUCAUAUUGUAUGCUUGGAAGAAUGAAUAAUACUGUAUUUUCAAUUGUUUGAGUUUUAGCAGAUAAUCCUGCAAUGUUUUUCAAGAAUGAUGCGAUAGAUAUGUGGUAAAUGCAAUUAUAGAUUACCCAUUUGAAUUCUAUAAUUUCUCUUUUCUAGUA